AUGAAUCGUCUACUCAAUCUUGCUAUUAUCUAUUUAUAUGUGACUGAAAUAUUGUGUGAGAUAAACAAUGAUGACAAAACUGGAACAUGUCGUUGUUACGGUGAACAACAUGUCAAUCCAUUUCCAGCAUCACCUGGAAGUAGUCAAAAUCAAUAUUUGUGUAAUGAUAACUCCACUAAAAUACUCAUUAAAAACCAGUUUGUGCAACUGUUUGUAACUCCUAAUUCACAGGACAGCUAUUCCACCGUUGCAUAUACUUUGAUAUUUCUUCCUACUGCCGAGUACCCAAAUCCUUGUGUCAUCAGUGACAGCAUUGCAAUACCAUCUAAUUCAUCUUGGGCUUGUCCAAAUUUUACUGCGGCUAAUACAAUAGGAAGUAGUACAAUUCAACAUCAUUUUCAUCUGACUGAGAAUAUUCUAGUCACUAUUAAUAAUCUGGGAUCUCAUUUCGAUAUGAUGAUUACUCAAUCGUUUAAUCUAAUUUCUCAAUCGGAAGGUGCUUGUGUUAAUUUGCCCUGUGGCUUAGAAGUCACCGGUGCAACUCUUCGUAAAAAGAGACAGCCAACAGCAUCAGACUCUACCAUUUCUCAAGUAUGUGAUGGAUUCAUUAAUCCUGCACAAAAGAAAUGUUUGGGUCAAGUUGAUAAAGGUUUUGUACAAUGUUUACGUGUUGGAUGUGUGCACGACACUGGUGAAGCACUUGAUCAGAGAUAUGCUCACGGAGCUGCGACGUUGUUGCUUCAAAGUAGCGUCGAGCAAUAUAAGACUGAUAAGAACUUUAAAGGCUAUUUGCUCAAAGCAGACGCACAAGCUGCAGAAAUAAUCAAACAAGCACAGAAAGGAGUGAACCAAAUGAUUCAAAAUUCAGAGCCGGUGUGCAAAGAGAAUGGAAAAGAACUUAAUUGUCUUCAACCGUUGUAA